UAAAUUAUAUUUGAAGUCGGGCAGUGCUUACAGAUCACGUCGACCGCUGAACCGGAUCUGGUGAUUUGGUGUGCAUACAACUUGUGAAGGAUCUGGAGGCUUUAACGUGAGAUUCACCGACUUUACGCUCAAAUCUGGAAAGACAGUUUGGAGCUACAUUAAAAUUGGGUGAUUUUAAAGGCAGAGGAUAUCUGUGAUGAGGCUGUGACUGAGCCUUUUUCUGAGUUUGGUCCUGAUUGAAGCCAGAAUGGCCACUGCCAAGAAAGCUUCAUCUAAAACGGGGGGUGUUCGCUUUGCCCAGGAACCCGCUGCUGCCGCCACUCACUCUCAUGUGCAUUUUGAUGAGAAACUACACGACUCCAUCGUCAUGGUUAUACCGGAGUCAAAUGGAAAUUUCCUGGUUAAGGUGGGCUUCCUUAAAACUCAGCACAAGUAUGAGAUUGUGUUUACGUUGCCUGAGGUGCCAGGGCUUGGGAAAGAUGUCUGUCCGGCCCCCAUCCCAAAUCCACACCUCCGGAUCACUAAUUUAACCAAAUCUCCAGAUGGAGGUCUAAGGGUGACGUGUGAAUAUAUGGCCCAUCAAGAGGGAGUGAUGAGUGAGGAGGUUCAGAUUGUUAGUGAGAGCAAAGAAGAUGUGUGUGUGAAGGUCAAAGUUCAUGCCCGUGUUAUGGACCGUCACCAUGGGACUCCCAUGCUGCUGGAAGGCGUGCGAUGCAUAGGAGCAGAGCUAGAGUACGACUCCGAGCAAAGCGACUGGCAAGGAUUUGACUAAACGCCUAAACCUCAUAGACUUUCUAAUCAGUGCUAUCAUAUCUGCUAUGUGGGUGGGGACAAAAUAUUCCUGAUUCUGGAAUUGUAUUGCUAGUUGCUCAACAAUCUGUAAUAGAACCCAGUCAAGGGUUCUUUUGUCUGCCACUGCUGUCUGCACGCAGCAUUUCAGAACACACUGUGGUUACUAGCUUGUUCUUACUGUUACAGUGGAUUGCUGGAAUGAUUUGUUUAUUGCAGAUCUCUAUGAUUUGUCGUUCUUUUUUUUUGCUUUUUUCAGUUUCGCAAGAAAACAAUCAAGUAGUGUGUUAUUCUCUAACUGAAUUCCAGUGUUAUGGUCGAAUGUUUCUUUUAGAUAAAAUGCAGUUUUAUGUCUUUGUUUAUUACUGUACUUUGUUGCUCCAGGCUGAUGUUAUUAAAACUGGUUAAUCGAGUUCUUGAACUGAAUGUGAGCCAAACAGCGGAACUGUGGGCGCUACCAACCACAAAAACAAUUUUGUAUCAUGAAACUGUUUGCCAUUUGUUGUUGAAAUGGAUUCAAGUAAAUCAUUUGGAUUCAUAACAUAAAAAAAAAAUGUUGGUCUUCAUGAAAAUGAUUGUCGCUCUAAGGGCUGUUCGAAACUAUUGGCAAUGUAUUUGUCUUUUGUUUGUUACAUUGGUCCCCAUUUGUAGAGCGUAAGUGCCUACCAUUAUGUAUAUUCUUGUCUCUUUCUUUUAAUGCCAGCAUGUAAUUUUGUAUCCAUUUCACGCUGAAUGUUGCGCGCCUUACUGAAAUGUCUCUUUCUGAAUUCAUUGAACCGUACAUGCGUGGUCCCCGAAUUUCUAAUUAAGUAUUAAAAAUAUGAAUAUGAAAUCUAGCCUACCUUUCAAAAGGUGAAUGUUCUUGAAAUCUGCAGUCUAAAUGUUUAAUACACGUUAAAUUUAUAUUAGUUAUAUAUAUGUAUAUACACCAAUCAGCCACAUUAAAACCACCUGCCUAAUAUUGUGUAGGUCCCCCUUGUGCAGUCAAAACAGCACAAACCCGCAUCUCAGAAUAGCAUUCUGAGAUGCUAUUCUUCUCACCACAAUUGUACAGAGCGGUUAUCUGAGUUACCAUAGACUUUGUCAGUUCGAACCAGUCUGGCCAUUCUCUGUUGAUCUCUCUCAUCAACAAGGCAUUUCUGUCCACAGAACUGCCGCUCACUGGAUGUUUUUUGUUUUUGGCACAAUUCUGAGUAAAUUCUAGAGACUGUUGUGUGUGAAAAUCCCAAGAGAUCAGCAGUUACAGAAAUACUCAAACCAAUGAUUGUUGAUUAUCUAAUCAGCCAAUCAUGUGGCAGCAGUGCAUAAAAUCACGCAGAUACGGUUCAGGAGCUUCAGUUAAUGCUCACAUCAACCAUCAGAAUGGGGAAAAAAUGUGAUCUCAGUGAUUUGGACUGUGGCAUGAUUGUUGGUGCCAGAUGGGCUGGUUUGAGUAUUUCUGUAACUGCUGAUCUCCUGGGAUUUUCACACACAACGGUCUCUAGAAUUUACUCAGAAUGGUGCC